UGAAUCAUUUGAGAAGCCAUUUGUUCGCUUGUCGAGUUCAGUAUCAGUACUCCUGCAAGUGAUUAUUCGCUUCCCCACUUUCAUUUCACAAGUCCAUUUCAUUUUUAAGUUUCGCGUUUUUAAAAAGGUUAGAACAUCUCAUCGACAAAGGGAAAAACGAGUCGACGCCCAGGAGGAUCUUCGAUUUAUUAGGGUUUAUGGUUUUCAAAAGUGGGGAAACUGAAAACCCAAACCAUUUCCGGCGAGGUUCCCGACACCGGCAAAGCACCCCGGCGUCUCUUUGUUGGCGGCUUCCGUGGAGCGGCACCCACGGCAAACCUCCGACUGCUGGGUACAUUUUCCGCACUCAGCAAACCUCUGAUUGUCCGGCCUUGUUCUGCGCCUGCUCUUUUUGGGGAUAUGAAUGGAUCUUUUUCCUAUCCCAUGUUACCUCAACUCUCUUCUACAUGAAUCAGGUAGGUUUCCCUUUUGUUCAUCAGCCAUUCUUAAUCAGCAACCGACAUGCCAGGAGAUGAAUGCUCUGAGCGUCUACUUUUUGGGGGUGCCAUAUCAAGUGCUUUUCCCAUGAGGUUCCAGGAUCUCAGCAGCAUUCGUGAAGUUCCCGAUCACCAGGAAGUCUUUGCUGACUCGAGCCGGGAUGAAAGCCUUUUCUUUGAGCUGUUGGAUCUAAAGAAUGAUGUCAGUGAUAGUGAAAGUGCUAUAUGGUUUCUCCAAGAUCUUGCAAAUGAGCAAGAUGCAAAAGGAAGUUUGGUGAUUGAGCAGUCUGGCAGUCUUCAACCAGCAGAUUUAAUGUUUAAGGACUUGCCUGCAGUGAUUACAACAGUAGUCGGCCGCAUGGCAGUUUCUAAAGGAAGACAAGGGAGGGAAGCGCAGAAUGUAGUCCGGGUAUAUCUAGCAAAUUUGCGCCUUAAGGCUGUUGGUACAGAUGUGCUGAUAAUUGCAUAUGAACCGAUACUAAUAAAUGCCUUGAGUGAAACUUCAUUGACUGUAGGAGCUGGUUUGGCGGUUCCUGCUGCACAAUCUGAACUUCUUCCAGUUUCAGAGGUGUUCAAAUUUGCAAUCGUAAGCUUCAAAGUUAAUGAUUGGAACCUCUUUGGAGUUGUGGAUCAUACUCCAUGAGCAGGUUGAAGCCUUACCAGUGAAGGUAUAUUCUCUCUACCUAACGCUUAAAAUAUGCCAUACUUAACAGAUACAGCCGGGACAGUACGCCUGUCAGAGCAUAUUCACAAAGAACUUUAUGUAAGUGCUCAUUGUAGUCAUUCCUAUCAACAUCUUUUCAGUGAUGUGGUCCAACAAAUUUGCUGUAUCUUGAUUAGGUUGUCUUUUGGCAUAAGACUGCUGUGGUACCUUUUCUGCCGAUGAGGAAAGUCCUUUCUCUGACUUCAUAAUAUUGAA